GAAACUGCUCGGAAUUUCCUCGUCUUACUGCAGUUACAUACUGCAAAAUUUUGAUCAUAUUAUUUCUGAAAUUAGGAGCCAGAGAAGGAACUUUCAAGUCUUUACGUACAAAAACAAGGAAUUGUUUUGCUCGUUUGGUGAUUUGUGAAUUUUUAGUAUGGUUAACAUAUGUUCUUCGUCGUCGCCGUCGUCUUCUUCUUUACAAGAAAAGUACGAUGUCUUUCUUAGUUUCAGAGGAGAAGAUACCCGUGAAAAUUUUAUUAGUCAUCUUUAUGAUGCUUUGUGUCGGAAGAAAAUCGAAACAUAUAUCGAUUACAAACUCGAGAGGGGAGAUGAAAUCUCAAUAGCUCUUGUGAAAGCAAUCCAUGGAUCGAGGCUUUCCAUAAUUAUUUUCUCGGAAAAUUAUGCUUCCUCUCCGUGGUGCUUGGAUGAGCUCGUGCACAUACUUAGGAAUAAGGAAAAAAAUGGACACCUAGUUGUACCUGUAUUCUACCGCAUAAAUCCAUCGCAUAUCCGGAAACAACAAGAAAGUUAUGGAAUUGCCUUAACUGUGCUUGAAGAAAGGUUCAAGAAGGGAAGAGUGAACCAAUGGAGGAAUGCACUGACAGCGGCAGCAAAUCUAUCUGGGUGGGAUUCAUUGGUUACCAGGCCUGAGUCCAAAUUAGUUGAGGCGAUCGUGGAAGACGUUUUAAAAAAGUUGAGUUGUCUUUCAGCUUUUGAUGAUUUCAAGCUUGGCCUAGUUGGAAUUGACAAACGCAUUGAAGAAAUUAUACCAUUGUUACGGAUCGGAUCACUAGAUGUUCGAAUAAUCGGCAUUUGGGGCAUGGGCGGUAUAGGUAAGACAACUCUUGCAAGCGUUGUAUUUAACGGACUAGCCUCUCAAUUUGAAGGUUGCUGCUUCCUUGAAAAUGUGAGGGAAGAGUCAGAAAAACAUGGAAUAAACUAUUUACGGAAAGCAUUUUUCUCUAAACUGUUGGAGGAGGAAAACUUGGACAUGGGACCCUUGUGUGUAGGAACAACUUUUAUUAAGAACAGACUGCGCCGCAAAAGAGUGCUUAUUGUUCUUGAUGAUGUGAAUGAUUUGGAUCAAUUGGAACACUUUGUUGGAGAUCGUAAUUGGUUUGGCCCUGGAAGUAGAGUUAUUGUAACGACUAGAGAUAUGCAAAUGCUUAGGAAUGAAGUUGACGAAAUAUACGGAGUUGAGAGACUGAAUUUUGCUGAAGCUGUUCAACUUUUUAACUUCAAUGCGUUUAGAAGAAGCUCUCCGACAACAGAUGACAUUGAGUUGUCAGAAAGGGUUGUGAAAUACGCCAAAGGCGUUCCAUUAGCUCUUAAAGUUUUGGGCUCUUUCCUUCGUGGCAAGAGAAAGGAGAACUGGGAAAGUGAGUUGGAUAAAUUGGAAGUAGUUCCCAACAUUAAAAUUCAGAAUGUAUUGAGGGUAAGCUACGAGGGACUGGAUAAAAAAGAGAAGAAUAUAUUUCUUGACAUCGCGUGUUUCUUCAAAGGAAUGGAAAGAAAAUAUGUGGAGCAAAUUUUGGAUGCUUGUGGUUUCUUUGCAAAAAUAGGAAUAGAUGAUCUUAUUGAUAAGUCUCUCGUAAUCAUCAAAGACCGCAACAUACUAUGGAUGCAUGAUUUGAUACAAGAAAUGGGCUGGGAAAUCGUACGAUCUAUCGAAGAGAUUAGAAAGCGCAGUAGGCUGUGGAUUGCUGAAGAUAUCAAUCAUGUUUUCAAACAUCAAAAAGGGACUGGAGCAAUUGAAGGAAUCUUCCUAAACAUGUCUGAGUUUAGAGAUUUUCAAUUAUGUCCUGAGGUCUUUAAAGAGAUGUGUAAUCUGAGACUGCUCAGAGUUUAUUAUUCGAGCCACAUCAAGGAAUCCAAAGUGUAUCUCCCUCUAACUCUUCAAUUUCUUCCUAAUGCGCUUAGAUAUCUUGAUUGGUAUGAGUACCCAUUGAAAUCUCUGCCAUCAAGUUUUAUUCCCCGGAAUCUUGUUGAACUUGACAUGCGCUAUAGCCAACUUGAGCGCCUUUGGGAUGGGGUCCAGGAUCUUAUAAACUUGCGACAUAUCGAUCUUGGUCACUCCAAGCGCCUGACUCAAGUCCCGGAUCUUUCCCGUGCUCCAAAUCUCGAGAGUAUCAAUCUUGAAUGUUGCAUAAGUUUACUUCAAGUUCCUUCCCUCAUAUUCAAAACUCUAGACAAGUUUCGCACCUCUUUAGAUAUGGGCUACUGCGAAGACAUUUGUUGUCUUAAAGAAAGACCUCAUCCACGAGCUCUCGGGACUGUUAAUCUCGAUGGGUGCUCUAAUCUCAAAUCUCUCUCACGAUUUGAUGGGAAUAUGAAAUAUUUACAUUUAAGUAACACUGCAAUUCAAAUAUUUCCAUCAUCAAUUUGCUCUGUGAACAACCUUGUUUCAUUGAACCUUAGCAACUGUCUAUGGCUUAAGAAUCUUCCAACAAGCAUUAGUAAGUUGGAGUCUCUGCAUGUUCUUAAUCUAUCUGGUUGCUCAUCUCUUGACAAAUUUCCAGAAGUUCCCAAGAAUGUAAGAGACCUAAAUUUGCGAGAGACAGCAUUAGAACAAGUGCCAUCAUCAGUUAUGCGUCUCUCUUAUCUCAAGACAUUUCAUCUCGGUAAUUGCAAAAGGCUUAAGAGUAUCUCACCCAGCAUUUGUAAGUUGAAAUCUCUAGGCUUGUUUGAUCUCGAUGGCUGCACAAAUUUGGAAGACUUCCCUGAAAUAUUGGAGCCUAUGGAGCUUUUAGAGCAGCUCGAUUUACGUGAAACGGGAAUAAAAAGGCUACCAUUUUCGAUUGAAAAACUCGUUGGGCUUUGUUCUUUGAGUAUGCGAUCGUGCGAAAAUCUUGAGUUUGUCCCAUGCAGUAUCUACAACAUGCACCGUCUUGAAAGUGUCUUCUUCUCUAGCUGUUCAAAACUUGAAAAUUUGCCGCCCAUGAGUGAUUUGUGUCAUUUGGCUUAUCUUGACCUCAGCUACUGCAAUGUAUUGGAAAUCCCUGAUUCACUAAGCUGUCUAUCCUCAUUAACAACAUUGGAUCUAAGAGGGAAUAUGUUUUGUAGCAUACCUGCAAGCAUUAAACAAGUUUCGAAGUUGAAGGUUCUCAAGUUAAGCGAUUGCAAGAACCUACAAUCUGUGCCGCAACUUCCAUUGUCUUUGGAGUCUCUUAAUGCAAGUGGAUGUGAGUUAUUGGCGGAAGUAUCACAUUCAAAGACAGCAUUCACUCAAGGCCACAUUGACUAUAAUGUUAUUCAUAGCUGGGAUUUUCUAUUUUAUGGUUGCCUAAAAUUAAAUCAAAAUGCACGCGACAAUACAAUGACUGAAUUCCAAUCUAGAGUUUUGCAGACAUCAACAAUAUCUGUAUCAAAUCCUGAAGAACUGGAAGAUUCAGAAGUUUUGAAAAGUUCCGAAUAUCUUGAGGUCAGUGUCUGUUUUCCGGGACUUGAAAUUCCAAAGUGGUUCAACCAUCAAUCUGAGAAAUCUUCGAUAAAUAUCGAGCUCUCUCCGCAUUGGCAUGAUACCAACUUCUUGGGGUUUGCUUUAUGCGCAGUUGUUGCAUUUGGGGACUAUCAUUGUACUUUCAACUAUUUGAACUUUUACUGCGAACUCCAUUUUAAAACCGAACAUGGCAAAAGCGACACACUUUCUUGGAGUUUCCCAUGUUGGGAAAAUGGUGAGCUGGAGCAAUUGGAAAGAACAAUUUUCAGUUCUGAACAUGUGUUCAUGUUGUACAAGCAUGAGAGCUACCGUGAUUGUUUCGAUGGCGCCGUCGAAGUGUCAUUUGAGUUCUUGGUUAGAAAUGACUGGGGACAACUUCUUGAGUCCAAUGAUUGCAUAGUUAAAAGAUGUGGUGUUCGCCUACUAUCCCUCCAAGAUGUAGAGGAAUUUCAUUUUGUCAACAAUCAAUACGAAUUUGGCCAGUCAGAUGCCGCCUUUGACGAGCCUGAACCAAAUAGCAAUGGAGCAGUUCACUUCGUUAUUGGCGAAGGAAAAGAUGAAGGACUACGCGAAAGUGAUACUAAUCAAGCGCAGCUACUGGAUGAGCUCUCAAAAGAAAUCCAGAACUUGGAUAUUAAUACUGUGGAAACUCAGCAGUUAGAUGAGCUCAUGGAAAAUAUAAUGAAUUACUUUAAUACUAGUACAGAAGACCCUUCAACCACUCAUUGACCGGAUUUUCUUGUACCUGAUUUAUAAUGAAGAAAUGUUCGUCUUCCCGGUGGAAAAUCGGCGGCUGCGAUUGUGAUUGUUGUGUUCUUUCUUGUGUAUUUUUCCAUAUCCUUGUUUAAGAAAUCGAAAGGAGCAACUUUUUAGAUCAAUGAUUGAAUUAUUAGAGUACAAUGUUGAAAAUGUUGAAAACCGAAUCUUACUCAACAGGAAUACUAUCGACUUCAUUGUGAUUCUUCAUGCAUAGACAGAGUUUUCUUAAUGGAAAGCUGUACCAUUUUGGCUAC